CCCACCCCUCUCCCCCUUCUUACUUUUAACUGCCUGAUUUUAGCAGCAAGUCUAGUAGGUAACAGGACCUGGGGUUGGAUGGUGAACACAGAUGGGUUGGGGGGCGCGGAGGAGGGAAUGAGGGUCACAAACGAGAGCUAUUUAGAAGGAACUAGAGGAGAGAGGGGAAAAGGAGAGAUGGGAGGCAAAGAAAGAUUCGGGAGACAAGGAGGCCGGGAAGGAACAGCAGGAGGUCGUUGCAGGGUCUCGGACUGCCGGGUCCUGGCCCCCUUCCUAGCUCAGCACCGCCCCUUCAUCUAACCCCUCCUUUCCCUCCCCGCCCCUCUCCUGCAACCCUCACUCCCUCCUCCUCCUCCUCCUCCUCCUCCUCUUCUGGAUGGCCUCAGCGGCUGGAGCUGGAGACGUCCUGCGUUCUGCCCAUACUUCAUGCCUGUUGGUAUACCCAGAAGUGCUUUGCUUGAUCCUCCAGGAUGUAUUCUGCAAACCCAGCCAACUGGGUCACAUUUGAUGAUGAGCCACUUUCUCAGUCUCCUCAAAAAUCCAAGAAUUUUCCAUUGGAAAAUAAUAGCAUCUGUAAACCAAAUGGACUUAAGCUGAAUCUCCCUGGCCUCAAGGAAUCCUAUGGAUCUUCCUCUACCAGUGGUACCCCUCUUUCUUCUCCCAUUGUGGAUUUCUAUCUAAGCCCAGGGCCUCCGAGUAACUCUCCCCUUUCCACACCAACCAAAGACUAUCCUGGUUUUCCUUGUAUUCCCAAACCAGGUGGGAUUCAUGCACUUUAUCCUAUUCCUGAAUGGCCUUCCAACAGCCCACUUCCAACACCAGAGGCAGAAUCUUCAUUAUUCCCUUCUAAACCCAACUAUCCUGCCCAUUCAUCCUCACCCAGUGAUCAUUUGUGUAAGCUUCCAGAUGGCAAAACUGACCGUGGGGAUGAAAGGAACCCUCAUCCUCACCAACCUGAAAUCUUAGGUCAACGAGACUUCCCACAGUUUCGGUAUUUUCAAGAUGAUUGUGCAUUUUCAAGUCCAUUUUGGAAAGAAGAGUCUUUAAAUAGCAUCUCUCCUUUUGCUUUUGAUCCUGAGGGGAAAGAUCAGAGGUCUAGCAGAAGGGUAGCUCCUCCUGAACAGAAAAGUCUCAAUCAGUGUUCAUUCAGCUAUGUCUGUGAAAGACUAGAAAACCUACAAGCUACGGAUGAUGCUAUAGACUCAAUUGGAAGCCUGUCAAUGCAGUGUCUGUACACUGGAGACAACAGUCCUUCCUUUGUCCCCCAUGCUUUAUUCAGAAGUCAGCAGAAAGUUGGGUGGCCCUUCAUGCUUAGAAUCCCUGAGAAGAAAAAUAUGAUGUCUUCUAGGCAAUGGGGUCCCAUAUUCCUGAAAGUCUUGCCUGGGGGCAUUUUGCAAAUGUACUAUGAGAAAGGGUUAGAGAAACCAUUUAAGGAGCUUCAGCUGGACCCAUACUGCCGACUCUCUGAACCCAAAGUCGAGAACUUUAGCAUGUCAGGGAAAAUCCACACUGUGAAGAUUGAACAUGUGACAUAUACAGAAAAAAGGAAAUACCAUUCUAAGACAGAAAUAGUCCACGAGCCAGAAGUAGAACAGAUGUUAAAGUUGGGGACCACAGACUACCAUGAUUUCCUUGAAUUUUUGACAGUGGUAGAUGAGGAACUGAUGAAACUCCCUCCUUUUUCUAAACAAAAAAGAAAUUAUGAAGAACAAGAAAUUUCCCUGGAAAUUGUGGACAAUUUCUGGGGAAAGGUCACUAAAGAAGGAAGGCUAGUUGAAAGUGCUGUAGUUACUCACAUUUACUGCCUUUGCUUUGUGAAUGGAAAUGCAGAAUGUUUUUUAGCCUUAAACGACGUUGAGCUACAGAAAAAAGAUGAACGGUAUUUUGAGAGAGAUCCAGAAAAAAAAGGAAUUGAAAUUCUUGAAUACCAUUUUCACAAGUGUGUGAAAGCACAAGAAUUUGAGCAGUUGAGGAUCAUUAAGUUUUCGCCCUUGGACGCUUGUAGAUUUGAGCUGAUGCGUUUUAAGACAUUGUAUGAUGGGGAGGACCUUCCAUUUUCAGUCAAGUCUGCUGUGGUUGUUCAGGGUGCGUAUAUUGAACUUCAGGCUUUUCUCAACAUGGCCUCAUCUGCUCUGACCCCAACCCGUUCUAGUCCUUUGAGAUUCUGUGACAAUAUAAUGAUACAUUUUCCAGUCCCUGCCCAGUGGAUCAAAGCGCUUUGGACCAUGAAUCUCCAGAGACAGAAGUCCCUGAAGGCCAAAAUGAACCGCCGGACGUGCCUUGGAUCUUUACAUGAACCAGAAUCAGAACCUGUCAUCCAGGUCACACUGGGAACAGCAAAAUAUGAGAGUGCCUAUAGGGCAAUCGUGUGGAAGAUAGACCGUUUACCAGAUAAAAACUCAAGUCCUGAUCAUCCCCAUAGUUUGUCAUACAAACUAGAACUUGGAUCGGACCAAGAAAUACCUUCUGAUUGGUACCCAUUUGCUACAGUUCAAUUUGUCAUGCUUAACAAUUAUGCUUCAAAGACAGAAGUGAAGUCUGUGGGCAUAGAGAGUGAUGUCCAGCCCCAGAAACAUGUUGUUCAGAAAGCUUGCUAUAACUUCCAGGUUGAAAUAGAAAAGAAAUGGAUUAAAAUUGAUGGAGAAGACCCAGAUAAAGCUGGAGACUGCAUAACUCAGUAGAAGAAACAAGACCUGACAAUGAAGAAGAGUGACCCCUUCUUUAGAUGUGUACUUCAGAGAAAAUAACAAUAAUAAGUUCCAACAAAUGACUUACAUUGGAUAGGAAUAGCUAUUGAACUUUUUGUUUUAUUGUUAAAAGGGACUCUCAGAUGAGGAAAUUCUCUUACCCAAUGCAGGUAUCCAGCUACAAUUAGCUAGUAGGUUGAAAAAGUUCCACUGUGAACAUUUGUGUUAUUCAGAAUAUAGCAAAGACCAAAAGCCAUGUUUUGUGUUUGGAGAAACCUCACAAACAUCUGAAAUCCAUCAGAAAUUCAAUGAUACCUUCAAGAGAGUCAUAUCCCUUGUGAUUGCUUCUAAAAUUAGUCUCCUUUGUACAAGGCUUUGGCUUUUCCUUGCGACUUCACAGUAUUGGUCAAGGAAAUGAAUAUGAUUUAGCAGCUAGAUGAUCCAAAGGAGUAUUCCUCCAGGCUAUUCAUUGUCUGACUGCUUUGGGACAAUUAUCCCAAAAUAUUGCUUUUGCUCCUUUAGCCUAUUUUCCUUUUGGUACUCUUAUUAGAGAAUGGGGAGAUUAAAUGCAAACCAAUUAAUUUAACUUCUUGCAAAUGGCAUUGGAAAAGGGCUUUGAAUGAGAAAAUAUAGAAACCAUAAUGUAAAAUGGAUAUUAAGGCUGUAUACUGGCAAAUGCAAUGAGAUCUGGGUUAUAAUCUCAACUCUGUUACUCGCUAGUCUUAUAACUUUGGGCUGAUCAAUUCAGUCUCUUGGAGCCUCAAUUUUCAUUUCUAUAAAUUGGGGAUAAUACUAUCUGGACUUUCUACUACAUAGGGGAUGAUUUCUCAUCUGUUCCAAAACCCUUAUUUUAUAGAUAAGAAAGUAAAGUCCAAACAAAUGGUAGAGCUGGUAUUUGAAUUCAGGUCCUCUGCUUCUAUGUCCUCUGUAGCCUAAUGCUUGGAAAGCACUUUAGCAAAGUAUGGCAGGAUUAUGGAUUUAAAUGACCUAUGUCUUUCCUGAAUGGUCUUUAGGAGAAUGGAGAAUUGACUAUAUUUAGAAAAUAUUUUACGCAAUUUCUAAUGAUUAUAUCUUUAUAUUCUUUACCCACUUCAGAACUUGUAUGGUUUUUGAUUUGUUCUGUGAAUGUAUGAAAUACCUAAGAAGUCAUCCAUGUGGAGAAACCUUUUAUACUGGCAAGUCAGUAAGAUAAAUGAAUGACCUUUUCCUUGAGAGAAUAUUCCUUUUAAUAUGGAAUCCUAAUGUUGUGCCCAUUGUAUUUCUCAGCUCUGAUAACUCUGCAGUCUUAUUUUGGACAGUAGUUAAAAUAAGCAAGUGAUUUCAAAUGAUUAUUUAAAAAAACAUGUUAUUCUUCUGAAGUUGAAAUACUAAGAAUAUGGAAAAAUUAUUAGCCUCAAUUAUUAUUUUUUUAAAACCCUGAGAUAAACCUCAAGUGAAGAAAAAUUCAACUCACAUAGCUAAAAAAUAUAUAUAUAUAUAUAUAUAUAUAUAUAUAUGUAUAUUUCUCCCUUGGGGAAGUUAAACGUAAGGGAAGUAGAAAGGAAAUUACAAGAUUAUUCUGAACUGGAUACAUAAGAUAUAAAGUAUUACAUUCAAUACUUCUAAAACACUAGAAAAUGAUUAUAAUCAUUGAACAUCUAUUGAAAAUCCCACAGUAUUAGCAGAUUUUAUUCUGCUUCUGAUUUUAUCCCCCCACAUUUGAGGCUGGUUUUCCAAGUGUAAUUAAUCUUGUGUUUUUACAUAAAUAUCCUGAAAAGAAAGUCUCUCAGGGAGACUAUCCUUCACUUACAGUUCAGUUUUAAAUAUUAUUAAAAGCUAUUUGUCAUUAUCUGCUAAAGUCACCUAUUGAAGCAAUAAGUAGUCUAACAUUUUCUUAGACAACAUUUAUCUAUUUGACUUAAACUUACUUCUGUAUAUUUUAUUUAAUAUGUAUAGCAUUCAUUUUAAUCUAUUUGUUCAAUGAAACAUUUUUUUUUCUUUUUCUAUUUCUUGGUGGUCUGCAUAAGUAAGCAGUUUUUAUUGCUUUUUGUUGUAAAGAUAAAGUAAUAUAAAUUAGUUAACUGUUUAACUGCA